AUGGAGGCGGCGGCGGGCGGGGGCUGCGGCUCCGGGCCGCCGUCGCUGCUGCUGAGCGAGAGCGAGCAGCAGUGCUACUCUGAGCUCUUCGCGCGCUGCGCCGGCGCCGCGUGCGGGGGCCCCGGGCCCGGGCCCCCCGAGGCCGUCAGGGUCGCCCCCGGCGCGGCCACCGCGGCUGCCGGGCCCGUGGCCGACCUGUUCCGGGCGUCGCAGCUGCCCGCCGAGACGCUGCUCCAGAUCACCGAACUAUGUGGUGCAAAGCGGGUUGGUUAUUUCGGUCCAACACAGUUUUAUGUUGCCCUGAAAUUAAUUGCUGCAGCACAGUCUGGCCUCCCUGUGCGGAUAGAGAGUAUUACAUGUGAAUUGCCUCUGCCUCGCUUUAUGAUGUCAAAGAACGAUGGUGAGAUACGAUUUGGGAACCCGGCUGAGCUGCAUGGAACUAAGGUUCAAAUUCCAUAUUUAACCACGGAAAAAAAUUCCUUCAAAAGAAUGGACGAUGAGGAUAAACAGCAGGAAACACAGUCUCCCACGAUGUCACCCCUCGCCUCCCCUCCUUCUUCCCCGCCUCAUUACCAGAGGGUGCCCUUGAGCCAUGGCUACAGCAAACUGCGGAGCGGCACAGAACAGAUGCAUCCAGCUCCUUAUGAAGCGAGACAGCCCCUUGUCCAACCAGAGGGACCCUCAUCAGGGGGCCCAGGAGCCAAGCCCCUUCGGCAUCAGGCUUCCCUUAUCCGGUCCUUUUCAGUGGAGAGAGAACUGCAGGAUAAUAACAGUAAUUACCUGGACGAGCCCUGGAGGAUAACAGAAGAACAGCGCGAGUACUAUGUCAAUCAGUUCCGUUCCCUUCAGCCGGACCCCAGUUCCUUCAUUUCAGGUUCUGUAGCCAAGAACUUCUUCACGAAAUCAAAGCUUUCCAUUCCAGAACUCUCCUAUAUAUGGGAACUUAGUGAUGCUGACUGCGAUGGAGCCCUGACCCUGCCUGAGUUCUGUGCUGCAUUUCAUCUCAUUGUGGCCCGGAAGAACGGCUACCCGCUACCUGAGGGUCUGCCUCCAACUCUGCAGCCAGAGUACCUGCAAGCAGCUUUUCCUAAGCCCAAGUGGGAGUGUGCAUUAUUUGAUUCUUAUUCUGGGUCAAUGCCGGCAAACCAACAACCCCGUGACUUGAAUCGGAUGGAGAAGACAUCUGUUAAAGACAUGGCUGACUUUCCUGUCCCUACCCAAGAUGUGACUGGUGAUGACAAACAAGCUUUGAAAAGUACUGUCAAUGAAGUCUUACCAAAGGAUGUGUCCGAGGACCCAGCAACUCCUAAGGAUUCCAACAGUCUCAAAGCAAGACCAAGAUCCAGAUCUUACUCUAGCACCUCCAUAGAAGAGGCCAUGAAAAGGGGCGAGGACCCUCCCACCCCGCCACCGCGGCCACAGAAAACCCAUUCCAGAGCCUCCUCCUUGGAUCUGAAUAAAGUCUUCCAGCCCAGUGUGCCAGCUACUAAGUCAGGAUUAUUACCCCCACCACCUGCGCUCCCUCCGAGACCUUGUCCAUCACAGAUUUCCUAUCACAGUGUAAACAGUGAGCUCAGCACUCAGCCCAAGCUUCCAGCUCAGCUGCCUAACUAUGGAGAUUUCAGACUACAGGAACAGUCUGAACAAGCUUCUGAGGCUGAGUUACUCCCACAGCUGAACAGAGCCCCUUCCCAGGCUGCAGAAAGUAGUCCAGCGAAGAAGGACAUACCAUAUUCUCAGCCCCCAUCAAAGCCCAUUCGUAGGAAAUUCAGACCUGAAAAUCAAGCUACAGAAAACCAAGAGCCUUCUACCACUGUAGGUGGGCCAGCUUCAGUAGCUACUGUGAAACCCCAUCCGACAGUCCAAAAGCAGUCUUCCAAACAAAAGAAGGCCAUUCAAACUGCUAUCCGCAAAAAUAAAGAGGCAAAUGCAGUGCUGGCCCGGCUGAACAGUGAACUCCAACAGCAGCUCAAGGAGGUUCAUCAAGAACGGAUUGCAUUGGAAAACCAAUUGGAACAACUUCGUCCAGUCACUGUAUUGUGACCCUCAAGGUCAAGUGACAGUGGGUGACCUUGUCUGCCAAGAUCUUUCUUUAGAAUGUUUGAGCCCAACUGCUUAUUGUAGAUGUCCGACUGUGUCAAAAUCUGUGAGCAGCAGAGUAUAAUCCAUAUGACCUUUUCUCUUACCCUUCACUUGUACAUUUUACUCUGGUGGAAAAAAUACUUCAGUUGAUUAUCACACUUGAAAUCGUAACUAUCAGUGGAAUUUAUCUCCCAUUCUUAAGUACUUCCUCAAGGUGUUAGAUGCUGUUCCGUACCAAAAAUCAAUCUUCUAGCAAAUAAAAAUAAUUUAGAGCAUUAUUUAUUUGAAGAAUUUAUGAUUUGUACAAAACCUUAUAACCAAGUACCUUCAGGAUGCUUGUUUUAUUUUUGUAUGUAUAUCACAUAUAGUAGGUUGGUUUCCUGAAUAAUUGGGAUUCCAACUGCAUAGUCUUUGGCAUGAUGAUAAUAAAAACAAAAGCUAAAAUAAAACAAAAGCAUCAGAUUUAGACUGGCGCUGUGCCCUCUACCACUAUAUGCCAAAAAUUGCUUCUCUAGUGCCAUUUUGAUAUUAUACCUAGUUAUAAAUAAUACAUGACUAUUGUUUUCUAUUGAAUGUCAAAGACUUAUUGGGUCUUUACACCUCUGUGAAGUGGAGGUUUUGGCAAUGAGCUAUUUAACUUGGCCAAAGUAGGCCAUCAACCCAGAUAACUCAGUCCUUUCAUGUAAGUUUUUGGGUAAGAACAAUCUGCUCUAACUGCCUCUCCUGAUCAAAUUAAAUAAAUAG